AUGCUUUACCAAUCUAUACAAAGAUUGCCCCAUACUUUUCGACUGGGAAUUUCUUUGCGGCCUUUUUUGUUGCGUCCCAUAUAUUCAAAAAGGAUGCAUUCCGCUAUCCCUCAGCAAGUGGUUUCAGAUAUCCGCCUAACAGAGGCAAAUCAUCGAUCGUUGGAAUUGACUCUGAGUGAAGACGACCCAGAUAUUCGCCAGAAGUACCGACCGUUCAUUCUUAGCGGCACUGCGACUAAGGACUGGGUCAACAAUUUAGAGCUUUCCACGGCUCUAGAUAUGGCCGAGCAUAACCUACGGGAUACAAACGAGAGACUGAGAGUUCUGGUACUUUAUGGCAGUCUUCGGAAAAGGUCAUAUUCACGCCUCGUGGCAUUUGAAGCCUCCCGCAUCCUGUUCCGACUCGGCUGUGAUGUACGCGUCUUUGACCCUGAAGGUCUUCCGGUGAAGAACGAUAGCGAUACCGACCAUCCUAAAGUACAGGAGCUUCGAGACCUCAGUCUGUGGAGUGAUGGGCAUGUCUGGGUUUCACCUGAACAGCACGGCAAUUUAACCGCUGUCUUCAAGAAUCAGAUCGAUUGGAUUCCUUUGACCACAGGAAGUGUCCGUCCCACCCAAGGCCGAACGCUGGCUAUUGCCCAGGUGUGCGGUGGAUCUCAAUCGUUCAAUGCCGUCAACUCCUUGCGUAUCUUGGGUCGGUGGAUGCGUAUGUUUACUAUCCCGAAUCAAUCCUCGAUCCCCAGGGCAUAUACACAGUUUCCGGAUGAAGGUCAACCGGGAGAUCAACAACUCAUGCCUAGUGGCAACCGAGAUCGUCUGGUGGAUUGCAUGGAGGAAUUUGUCAAAUAUACGAUUUUGAUGCGGCCUCACAUCGGUCUUUUCGGUGACCGGUUUAGCGAGCGGGAGCAGAAGAAAGUAAGGGAGGCAAAGAUGAGUGCCGCUACAGCUCGACGAAAGAUAUAG